AUGAAUGCUGUUCUUAAUAGCACAAUUGUAGAAGUUGUUUCUCUAAUUUUUAUACUAACUCCAGAAGUAGCUGUUGUCGCAGCCCCUGAUGUUCAAGUCGCUGUAACACCAAUAGAUCAUGUCCUUACCUUAUUGGCAGCCAACAAUAAUGGUCUGGAUUUGUCCAACAAGACAAAUAAAUAUUUGAAGAACUCGGUCCUUCAGCUCAUGACUUCAAAUACCAAAAUAAAAAAGGCAACAACCAGCCAAAAUUUCAUGCUGCCUUCUGCUGUACCAGCAGAUUCUUCUUCUUCCAUAGAUGAUGAUGUGGUAUUUCAGUGUUGGUGUUACAAUUAUGACAUCAAGUCAUAA